UUACUUUUCGUUGGACUAUUCGAGGACAAAAUGGUGUUUUUCUUGAAGCACGUGCUUUCGGGUGACCGGAUUUACCUGAUGCCGGGCCUAAAUAUGCUGGGUCGCCACUCUAACUGCACCGGGAUAUUGAAGUACGACUAUAUGUCUCGAUUCCACGCCAUUAUCAUGGUACAAGAUGGCCGCCUGUUCAUAAGAGAAGUGGAGGCCCUCAAUGGUGUAUUCGUGAACUAUUCACAGGAUCGCGUAGGAGUGGAACUACGCGAAAUUUACGAGGGCGACGACCUGUCCUUUGGGAUUAAGCUUGAAGUCCCUGAAGGGAUUCUCCAAAUACCGUUGACGUUCGGUAUAUUCACCGUCAAGAAGGUUUCCCCGCCAGGUCAAAUUCAAGGCUAAAAGACAAAGAUUUUUUUUAUUCCAUUUUUACGAAAAACUCAAGACUAGGAAAUGAAAACAUUUAAAUUUUUCCUUCUAUAUACCUUUAAACUCUAGACAUUCCAUAUUUUGUUGAUGGAGAGCAAUAGAGUAUAAGAGUUUUUUCAAUUUAUAUAAAUAUAUUAUAAUUCUUACCACCUGCUUAA